AUGGCUUCUCUUCGAUUCCAGGGAUUGCGUUCUGUUUUCCGGGGUCAAUGUAACCCUCUGAGAACCCAGCAGCGUCGCUGGGCUCAAGUCCACGAUGUUCGCUUCCUCGCCUCGCAUCACAACCCCAAUCACGUCUUGGACAGGUAUCGAUCCAAGCUAGACCAGAAGGCUAAACAAGAAGGACAUGAGUCUAUUGACUCCCUGAAGGAGGCCUUCAGCGACAAGAUCCAAGAUUUGCGCUCCAAAGCAUCCACAGUGACCACCCCAGAGCCAGAGGCGCCCAUUCACAACACCACCCAAGAACCGGCAGCCGCUAAAGCCCCUAUUUCUCAUGCCGCCCGCGAAGUCUCCGGCAAAGCGAGCCCCAUAAAGCCGCUUAGCUCUUUCCUCGAUGUCGAGAAGAUCCGCGAGCUCCCCCCCAAGGAAAUUGAGGCCCUCUGGCGCCUCCGGUUCGCAAGUAGCUCGACCUCCAUCUGCGCGGCCAUUCCCCUCGAAAUAUACCAGCGCAUCAUGAACGCUGCCCGUCAGAACCCACAAUUCGUUCUCCCGCUUCCGCGCGGGGCGACCGAGGAUCAGCAAGAAACCACCGCCGACAUCCACUUCCUGCAGUGGGCAUUCCACCCGCCCGCAGGCGAACCCGCCGCGCCUUCUGGAGAGACUGCCAACACCCAUAUUUCCACCGUGAUCUUUACCCAUCUCGGUGCGUUCAAGAUGCACGGGUCUUUUGCUCAGCCGCACACAACUAUCACACAUUACUUGGAUUUGGCGGAUGAUAAGGGACUUGUCCUGAUGCAUGGACAGGUUGUGCCUGACCGUGGCGUGUCCACCAUGGAGGCUACUUGGCUGGCUAGCUGUGUGCAGCGCUUCUACGAUUUUGAGGGUCAGGCGAGUGGCCGGAAGAGUGAGCUCGUUCGCAUGUUCACCCAGGGUGAUGCUGAGAACUUCAAGGUUGAGGAGUUGAUGGCUGAGGCUGAGAAGCUCCAGUAG